GUUUGGAGGCAGUCCGCUUCAAGGCGGUCCACUCUGACAUCGAUGAGUUGAAAUUUGUCACAACAUAGAUCUGCAACUUCAUUUCAAGUCCAAGUCGUGCAUUGCUCUCGUCGUUCUUAAUCCUCUUCCACGACUGCAUGCCACUGCUGUGCAGGCUGCAGGCAAUCAACGAGCUUCAACUGGUGCAGAAGAACAAGAUGUCGCAUUGCAGCGAGUAGAUGAACUACAGCCACGAUUACAUCUAUUGCCAAGAAAAACAACACCAAGAUCAACGAGGACCAGAGGCCUCAACAACCUCAACAAAUGGAACAAAAACCGCGAUUCUUACGAUUCCAAACUACGACAAUCACAGUCCAGAUCUACAGGCUGUUUUCAGCUUGGUGCGAAGCGAAGCUCGAGAAACAGCCGAGGUGUUUAGGUAUGCGGAAAAUAUGCUAUUGUUCCCUGACAGCCCGAAUCGUUGGAAAGUGAACCAUUUUUAUCACAUCAUAAUUAUAAUGAAGCUGCUGAUGCGGGACAACAUUUUCAUAAUGCACAACCUCGACGACCUACGUUGGCAAACAAUGUUAACGGUGACAAAUCCUGUUGGACUACAAAGAGAACCAGGUCCUGAGGAGAGCAAAGUAGUAUGUCCCAACAACUAGCACAACUUCCCCCCUUACGGCCUCACCUGAUGAAUGGAUUCCAGGAAGAUCUAAUAAAAGUCUGCGAAGCUGAGGGCGAUGGCGAUCUUUCACGACGAAUUUGCGCCGUUUAUCAUUAUGCUGCGGAUAUAGAACUAGAAGCACGAAAAAAUGUUGUUGGAAAAAUACGAAGGAGGGAUUACCGUGCUCCUGGGUUGAGACAGAUACCAAACUUCAAGUUCAAACAGACCAAUUGCAGCAAGAGCGUCAGUCGAAAUAAUAUUUAUAACGUUGAUCUUCUUCUUCUCCUUUUUAGAAUCUGAUGUAUCUGACUCCCUCUGUCCCCCGGGCCCCUUUUCCUCUUUCAGAACAGAAAACCAGCGUCGCGGAGAGUGAAGACGCGCAUUGGACUUGCUGAAGAAGAGGAGAGAGGGAGAAACGAUGCCACAAAACCUUCUGCAUGAGAUUGCAGUUAGAACGGCAUAGAACUACAGAGUUGAAGUCGACUUGAAGAACAAUAAUGUCGAUAUUUGUUAUAAUAUAGGAUCAUAUAAUAGAAAUUGUUGUUUAAUAUAAGUUUUGGAUUUGUGAGAGUGUUGUACCAAUUUUCGUUACAAGAGAUUUAACCGAUUCUUGCAAUUGCGAUCGGAUUAUUGACUGACUGAUCGAUCAGGUGUAGGUCAGGACUAUAAAGCUCUUUUUAUAUCAUCAUUGUGGUAUAGACCACAAGCUCAAGCGCGUGUCCUGUUGUACACAUAGCGAACCAUGGGAGACAAACUUCGUUGUUGGAGACCCUUAUUGCUGCAAACACAAGACUUCUGGAGAAAAAACAAGAUUCAUCGUCCGCUUCUACAAACAUUUUGUUUGUAUUGGUGUAUGCUGGUUUUUAGGGUUCCCUAUUCUUCAAAGUGAGCUGCAGAAGCAGAGAGUUGUAU